CUAUUCAACUUGCCUAUAAAGUCCCAAACCCGAUUUUCGUAAAACCCUAAUUCUCCAAAUUUUCUGGCUCCUCUGCGUGCUCGUUGAAUCCAUCCUAAGUGACUUGCUUGCUGAAGGCGACACGAGGUCGGUAGAAACUAAGAAUGGGGGAAGAGAAUGAAGAAACAAAAACAUUUAAGGAUUUGGGCUUAUCCGAGUCAUUGGUGGAAGCUUGCGAAAAAUUGGGUUGGAAAAAUCCAUUAAAGAUACAGACAGAAGCAAUUCCUCUUGCAUUGGAAGGAAAAGAUGUGAUAGGACUUGCCCAAACUGGUUCCGGUAAGACUGGAGCUUUUGCUCUUCCCAUAUUGCAUGCCUUAUUAGAAGCACCACGCCCAAAAGAUUUCUUUGCUUGUGUGUUGUCUCCCACAAGAGAACUUGCUAUUCAAAUUGCGGAACAGUUUGAAGCUCUAGGUUCUGAAAUUGGUGUCAAGUGUGCCGUGCUUGUUGGAGGAAUUGACAUGGUACAACAAUCCAUCAAGAUAGCAAAGCAGCCUCAUAUUAUUGUUGGGACUCCUGGACGAGUUAUAGAUCACCUAAAACACACUAAAGGAUUUUCUCUUAGUAGAUUAAAAUACUUGGUCUUAGAUGAGGCAGAUAGGUUGUUGAAUGAGGACUUUGAAGAAUCACUUAAUGAGAUUUUACAAAUGAUUCCUCGUGAGCGGAGGACAUUUCUGUUUUCUGCUACAAUGACUAAGAAGGUCCAGAAGCUGCAAAGGGUUUGUUUAAGGAAUCCCGUGAAGAUUGAAGCAUCAUCUAAGUAUUCCACUGUUGACACAUUGAAGCAGCAGUAUCGCUUUUUGCCUGCUAAACACAAGGAUUGCUACCUUGUAUACAUUCUCACUGAAAUGGCUGGAAGUACAUCAAUGGUGUUCACUCGCACUUGUGAUGCAACUCGGCUUCUAGCUUUGAUCCUUAGGAAUCUUGGUCUAAAGGCCAUCCCCAUUAAUGGUCAUAUGAGCCAGUCAAAGAGACUUGGAGCCUUGAAUAAGUUCAAAUCUGGGGAAUGCAAUAUUCUCCUUUGUACUGAUGUAGCUAGUAGAGGACUGGAUAUUCCGACUGUAGAUAUGGUGAUUAACUAUGACAUUCCCACAAACUCCAAAGAUUAUAUACAUCGCGUGGGAAGGACUGCUCGUGCAGGGCGCUCUGGGGUCGCCAUUUCCCUUGUAAAUCAGUAUGAACUGGAGUGGUACAUUCAAAUAGAGAAGCUUAUAGGCAAGAAGCUACCAGAGUAUCCUGCACAAGAAGAGGAAGUUCUGCUUUUGGAAGAGCGUGUUGGUGAGGCCAAAAGAUUAGCCGUCAUGAAAAUGAAGGAGACUGGAGGGAAGAAGAAACGGAGGGGCGAAGAAGAUUAUGAUGGAGAGGAUAUAGACAAGUACUUGGGUCUCAAGGAAGGAAAAUCAUCCAAAAAGUUUAGAAGAAGAUGAGAUCAUAUCACUGCCAAUGAGUGAAUUAAUGCGACGGAUAAAUGAAUCAUAUGAAGCCAUGAAAAAUUGAGGAUAGACUGAGAUGUCAAGCAACUUGUGCGUUGUAGUACAAUUUUGAGCAAAUUUUUGCAUUAAAUUAAAAAAAAUUGUAUACUAAUUGAUUGACUAUAUAAACAAUUUUCUAGUUAUAUUUUUGAAACGAUUGUAUCAUUAUAUUUUGUUUCGUGCUGUUACCUAA